UGCAAUUAUUAUCUUUGCUUAAACAUAUCUUGUGCUUUAUGACUUUAUUAAGCAAUUGACUCAGCUCACCUCUCAACUCUCAUGAGGAAUUUAAUUGUUGACUCUAGAUAGAUCUUCUUCUCCCACAUAGUCCCACCUUACCCAAAGUCCAAAUUAAACAGGAUAUUUUUUUUCUCAGAAAGUGGAUAGCGAUAUGGAGUUUGACGACCACGAAGACCUCGAGGAAGAAGAGGAGGAGGAAGAAGAAGAAGAAGAAGGAGAGGUCGAGAUGGGGUUCACAGUGGCGCCGCCGGGAUUUGACUCGCUAGGAAACUCAGCUGCGCGGUCCAAAACAGGCGGUGGCAUAGAACCAGAAGGAGGUGCAGCAGCCACCGCCUUAGGCGUUGGUCGCAAAAAUGGGUCCACAGGGACAGUCAGAUACAGAGAAUGUCAAAAGAACCACGCCGUCGGUAUUGGCGGCCACGCCGUCGAUGGCUGCUGCGAGUUUCUCGCCGCCGGACAGGAAGGUACGCUGGAGGCCGUAAUCUGCGCCGCCUGUAACUGCCACCGGAACUUCCACCGCAAGGAGACCGGCGGCGAAAUCACCUCCUACCAGCCACGGCCGCCGCAGCAGCAGCCAGCCUACCACCACCAGUUCUCCCCUUACUACCCCCGUGCCGAGCCACCGCCUUCCGCCGGCUACCUCCACCAUCUGGUGACUCCACCGCUGUCCCAGCACCGACCCUUGGCCCUUCCACCGGCGGGUUCCGGCGGGUUCAGCAGGGAGGAGGAAGACAUGUCGAACCCGAGUAGCAGCGGCGGAGGAACGAAGAAACGGCACAGAACAAGGUUCACGCCGGAGCAGAAGGAUAAGAUGCUGGAAUUUGCGGAGAGGGUAGGGUGGAGGAUCCAGAAGCAUGAUGAAGCUGCGGUGGAGCAGUUCUGUGAGGAAGCUUGUAUCAAGAGACAUGUUCUCAAGGUUUGGAUGCAUAACAACAAGCACACUCUUGGUAAGAAACCCUAAUUUCCAUCUCUUUGUUAAUUUCCAUUUUUAGGUCAAGAACAUGGUUGGGCAUUUUUGGUAUCAUCCUCUUUUCUCCAACUUCAAUGAAUUUUAGUCUCAAAAUAGGAUUAUGAGUGAGACAAGAGAACUUUGUAUUAAUGUAAAAUUUUAAUGGAGAUCUAGCUAGGGUUCUUACUCCUUCUAAUUCCUUCCCUAAUUAAUGUUCAGUCAGUUUAUUUUUCCUCAGAAUCAAUUUUAGCAGCACUCUGAAGCUAUUCAUAUAAGUUAAUUUGAUUUUAUCUCUAAAGAAGAGUUGCUUUGAUUUGUUCUACUAUGUAAUGGGAUUUUAGUAUUUGGUGAUUUUAUGGCAAACGAUGAGAUAAAGUGAUAGACAUGAACUAGCAAGUGGAAAUAAAGACAAAGAAACUUGGGAAGUCCAUGGAGUGUUCAUGCUUAUCAUCAAGUGACUGUAUUGCAAAGAAAGUAUGGAGAUGAGGACAGAGAAUAAAUGCC